GGCUGGCUGACAGGCUGUUUGCUUGCUUACCUAGCUGGCUAGCGGCAACGACUUUGAUAAGAAAGAAAUUUUGCCAUUGGCCAAAAAUGAUCGGCUUUCUUCGUGUUUUGGCGAAAAAAUAAAGAGACUAAAGCAAUUCCAAGGAGAGAGAGAGAUUUCGCCAAUUUCUUAUAAAUAAGCCCUCCACCUGGCUACCUUAAGUUAAUUUAACAUUGAAACCCCAUAGAAAUAACAUAUCGCGCCAGCAAACAAAAACGGUUACGCCGUGCUUUAUACAAAAUAAAAUUUUAUGCGAUUUAAAAGCUAUUUUCACAACGGAUUUAUCAACGUGUUCGACGUGUUUAAACGUCAUCGUAGAAGAAGAGAUUAUGUGCUGUGCCUUGAAUUAUGUAUAUGUACUGUUACUUACAACCCUAUUACCCACAAUGGUGGUCCUGGCAAAUAAUAACAAUUUACCAAUGUUGGGCAGCAGCAGCAUCAGCAAAACAUUGUCCGUCGGCGGAGGCGCAGGCGGUGGUAUUACCCUAGCAAGGAGUCUAUCAAGACAAACAUCAAUAGCAGCAACACGUGUCAGCAUAACCAGAAGUUUAUCCCGACAAACAUCAACACGUGCCAGCCUAAGAAGAAGUCUAUCGCGACAAACAUCAAGAAAUGCAGACAGUUUACCUUAUGGAUAUUUGGAGAAUGCUGUUAGCACCUUGGAGGCCCAGUCGGCCCAGUGGAGCCAAAAAUUCCUGGCCAAACGGGAAGCAGAACCCCAUUCCGCACCCUAUGUGGUGUCAAUACAACUACUCACACCCGAUGAGGGUUUGGUACAUUAUUGUGCCGGAACCAUUAUCAAUGAACAUUGGAUAUUAACGGCAGCCCAUUGCCUUAGCAAUCCCCAGCUGGUGGCCAAUUCUGUGGUGGUGGCCGGUUGUCAUGACAUUCAUGCCCGAAAUGAAAGUCCUCAUGUACAACUACGUCACAUUGACUACUAUGUCCGGCAUGAACUCUACUUGGGUGGUGCCAAUCCCUAUGACAUAGCCCUGAUCUACACCAAAGAGCCAUUGAUCUUCGACAAAUUUGUACAACCGGUAAAUUUGCCCGAACAAGAUUCUGAACCUGAGGGUUACGGUACUCUCUAUGGCUGGGGUAAUGUCUCAAUGACAAUUGUUCCCAAAUACCCGCAUAAAUUGCAAAAGGCAAAUAUGCCCAUAUUGGAUUUGGAAUUGUGUGAGCAAGUAUUGGCCUCGUCCGGCAUGCAGUUACAUGAUACAAAUUUGUGUACCGGCCCACUGACAGGUGGUGUUAGUAUUUGUACAGCAGACUCGGGAGGUCCUUUGAUACAAGAUGAUAUGAUCGAUAUAAAUGGCAAUGUGAAGCCCACAAUUAUUGGCAUUGUGUCAUGGGGUAAAAUGCCCUGUGGCCAAAAGAAUGCACCCUCGGUAUUUGUAAGGGUUUCGGCCUUUACCGAUUGGAUUGAACAAAUCAUUACAACAGAAACACAAUUUGAGUAGUAGAAAAAAAAAAAAGAAAACAUGGAUAAUACAAAAGAAGAA